AUGUCUAUGCCAGACUCUAUUCGAUUUGUAAUAAUAUCAGACACACAUCGUAAACACUCUUUUCUCUCUCUUCCUCGUGGUGACUUUCUAAUCCACUGUGGGGACUUUUCAAAUAGUAAAGAGUAUUCUAUAAGAAAAUUUGCAAAAUGGCUUCAUUCCCAACACUUUCUCCACAAACUAAUUGUCUUAGGAAAUAACGAGCUCAAAAUCACAAAAAGCACAGAACAGAUAUCCAAGUGGAUAUCUGAAGAAUGUUCCGAAGCCGUUCUUUUAAUCAAUCAAAGUGUGACUAUUGACGAUUUUGUCUUCUAUGGAGCAAAUUGGGGCUUUAAUGGUGAAGAAUCUUUUCAACCAGAUCCAACAAAGACGUUUGUAUUUUUAUCACACCAACCACCUUACAAUAUUUUAGAUAUGAUGGCGGUCUCGUCACUAUCAUCACCAUCGUUUCAUGGUGGGUCUCACCCUAUUUUAGACUUUAUCAGUAAGAACAAGCCCAAGUUAGUUUGUUUUGGUCACUCACACAAUUGUUUUGGUGUAAUGAAAGACGAGACCACCACUUAUGUCAAUGCGACAUUUGUGAACAAUUUAAGUAUCCCAGUGAAAGGGGCGGUUAUAUUAAAAUACAUUGAUGGAGAAUUUGUGAGAAAAGGGUACAAUUUUUUUAAAACAAUUUGA